GCCAAACACGUUACCACCCGACCUUUACACGCAUUUGUUGGUAGCCGGCCAAAGAGACCCAACAUAUCGGUAUCACUGCUGUGUCAACCACUAGCGUAGUACGUAUAUAUAGCUGAAGGAUCACAGGUAAGCAGGCUAACGUCAAUAUGGUUAAGGCAAAAAAGUGGAUUCUUGCAACAAAGUUCGAUGGGGAGCCAAAAGACUCCAACUUCAAGCUUGAAGAAGAGGACCUUCCUGCAUUGAAAGAUGGAGAAUUCAUCUGUGAUGCAGUAUAUCUCAGUGUGGAUCCAUACAUGAGGGUGCAUACUUUCCCUGUCGGGAGUUGUGUCAUGGGCGAACAGGUAGCAAGGGUGACGGAGAGUAAAAGCAAGGACUACCCUGUAGGAUGCCUGGUCCAGAUGUAUGCGGGGUGGCGUUCACGUACACUGGUCGACCCUACAAAACCAAAAGACAUGGAAGCCAUUCAGUUCCUCAAAGUGCCAGAUCUUGGAAAACUGGAGCCAUCUCUCGCACUGGGAAUCUUGGGCAUGCCAGGGGUGACGGCCUAUUUCGGGUUCCUGGAGAUCUGUCAACCUAAGGCUGGGGAGACUGUGUUGGUCAACGGUGCCGCGGGGGCAGUGGGCAGUGCUGUCGGACAGAUCGCCAAGAUCAAGGGGUGCAAGGUGAUUGGCUUUGCGGGAACAAAGGAGAAAUGUGAUUGGGUGAAGAGUCUUGGAUUUGAUCACGUGUUCAACUACAAGGAAGCUGACAUCAGCAAGUCCUUGAAAGAGGCGGCCCCUGAUGGAAUUGACUGCUACUUUGAUAAUGUUGGAGGAGAUUUCACUGCUAAAGCACUUCAACACAUGAAACUGUUCGGUAGGAUUUCCAUUUGUGGUGGUAUCUCAAUCUACAAUGCAACAAAACCACCACUCACUCCAGAUCCGUUCAUGACGAUCUUAUCCAAACAACUUAAAGUGGAAGGUUUCAUGGUGAUGCGAUGGUUGGAAAAAUAUCCGGAGGGCAAAGCUGAAAUGAAGAAAUGGAUAGACGAAGGCAAGAUCAAGUACAGAGAGACGGUCAAAGAGGGUUUCGAGGACAUGCCCCAGAUCUUCAUGUCUUUGUUGAAAGGAGCCAACAUUGGGAAGAUGAUCGUUAAAGCCUAGACCAGCCAUUUGAUGACUGAGUGUUGGCAUUUCAUUCCGCUUUAGAUCAGUUUGAACACUACUGCACCAUCGUGACAUUCCUACUUAUGCUGAUAUCAUGCAGAUGUAGUGUUUCGUGAAGUGUACACUGCUUGUGUGGAUAGAUAGAUUAUUGUACUAGCCAGCUGAAGGUCUGUGUAUAUAUGCGGCAUUUGGAAAACAUUCAGCAUCAACAUACCAUACGCUCUGUCCCAUAACAUAUACUGCUCAAACGAAAUGGGCAUUUCAAGCCAUGACAAAUUAGUAAUAUUAAAAAAUUGGGUGUUCAUUAACUUCUUCACAGUAGUUUAUAUAUGAGUUCUUACAUAGACUAUGAUAGUUUUGUUUGCUGUCCACUAUAUUAUGUUCGCGAUCAGUAAUUCAGAUACGUCAUCUAAUUUGUCUUUAGGGGCGGUCGGGUAGCCUAUUGGUUAAAGCGUUCGCUCGUCAUGCCGGAGACCUGGGUUCGAUUCCUGACAUGGGUACAAUGUGUGAAGCCCAUUUCUGGUGUCCCCCGCCGUGAUAUUGCUGGAACAUGCUAAAAGCGGCGUAAAACCAUACUCACUCACUCGCUCGCUCGCUAAUUUGUCUUAGUGGGUACGAAAAGUGGCUUCAUUUGGAUUGUGAAACCCCUUAGGCGGUCCAGAAACGUGUGUUCGAAUCCUGAUUAGCUAUGAAGCCUAGACCAGCCAUUUGAUCCCCGAGUGUUGGCAUUUCAUUCCGCAGUUAUUCGUACGCACUUCAGUGUCAGUGAAGUGUGCAAAUACUCGAUAUAUCCAUCAUUUUGAUAUUAUAGCCGUGUGAUAUUGUUGUGGAGAUUUGUAACUCGAUAAACAUUAACAAGAUCAACAUUCCAUCAUAUAUAUAUCUAUAAAACGAUGGAAAGAAAACCUUGUUUUGUCGUUUAUUGUUUGAAAUAAAGAGGUAUCUGUAAUAAACAAUUACAUUCAAAAUAACGUUUCUCUAAUUCUGAA